GAAAACGUGUGUUGGUAGAAAUGGAUGAUGAUACGUCCACCAUGAAGCAAGAGGAACCGGUACAGACAAUUCCGGCUCCUAACAUUUCUCGGAUACGAAACAAACAACUGCGAACGGAAAUGUACAGGGAAAUGAAACGGGAGAAGAGGAAGAUUAAAAUUGCAGAAAAGAAAAAGAAGAAAGCAGAAAUGGAGGCACUGGGUGACAAGGCUCCCCCAAAACAAGUGCCGAAGACGAUAGAGAACAUGCGAGUGUUUGAUGAGACAAUGGUCAACCCUCAGGAUGAUGAGGUACUCCAAGAUGAAGCUCAGGAUGAAAUGGCAUCCUACUUCAACAGAGAAACAACCCCCAAAAUCCUCAUCACCAGUAGUGAUAAAAUUAGAAAUAGAACCUACAAAUUUUGUAAAGAGUUGAAAAGAAUAAUACCAAAUUCAGAUGUGUUUUUCCGCCAAAAUGCUGACCUGAAGAAGUUAAUCCCAGAGGCUGUGGCAAGAGACUACACAGACCUCAUUGUUGUCAACGACGACCGCAAAGUGCCCAAUGGAAUGAUAAUCUCCCAUUUACCAGAUGGACCAACAGCUCACUUCAAGAUGACUAAUGUCCGCUUGACCACUGAAAUUAAGCAUGCUGGAAAGCUGACAGGUCACAUGCCUGAGGUUAUUCUGAACAACUUUAACACUCGCCUGGGGCACUCAGUGGGUAGAAUGUUUGCUGCACUUUUCCCACAUGACCCAGAAUUUCAUGGUCGAAGGGUCAUGACCUUUCACAACCAGCGAGAUUUUAUCUUCUUCAGGCAUCACAGGUACAUGUUCCGAAACUCCAAGAGGGUGGGAUUGCAGGAGCUAGGACCCAGGUUUACCUUAAAACUGAGGUCUUUACAAAAGGGCGCCUUUGAUUCUAAAUAUGGAGAGUAUGAAUGGGUUCAUAAGCGGCAUGAAAUGGAAACCAGUCGACGGAAGUUCUUCCUGUGAUGGAAGUACCCUGUGCACAUCCUAAAUGGGGGAGUUGCUUUUUGUGUUGACAAGAACUGGCCCAGGGCUAUAAAGCAGACUUGAACUGGAGUGGACUGGAAAAUUACCUCCCUUUACAUUUCAAUCACCAAUCUCUGGUGUAAGGAUGUGACAAGCUGUUAAUUUUGGCUUUAUCCUAGAUCAGACAAAUACUCUGGUUUUCACUGGACAACAAUGUUCAAGUCUGGAAUGUGUAUAUUUUCAAAACCUGCUGAUGAUGUUGACUUGGUUACCUCCCUUUGUUCAGCUCAUUCACCUGUCAAAAAACAAUGGAGUGGCCAAAACAUUUGACAUGUACAACAGCUACUCUUUAGCACUGAAUUAAUGAAUCUUCCGUGGGAUAAAUUUGUUACACUGUUAUUCAGUGACAGGUCGAAAAUGCUGAAAUACGUCAUGUAUGUGGUCUGUAGCAUUCGUAUUAGGCAUCAACCGACUGACACCAAGCACCUGUUGAUGAGUUGCCUAGUGCUUGUAGCUUUACUUUACCCUCACAGAAUGGUGUCUCAGAACCAGAAAACAUGACUUCGUGUUUCUACAUCCUUUGGCUCAUUCUCGUCACAUGUGGGAAGGAAUCUGUAAAUUAUACCAUGGACAGUUGGAGAUGAGAGCAGUGUUCAUCAUUUAUUUAUUUAUUUUAUUGGUGUUUUACGCCGUACUCAAGAAUAUUUCACCUAUACGACAGCGGCCAGCAUUAUGGUGGGAGGAAACCAGUGGGAGGCAGAGCCCCGGGGAAACCCAUGACCAUCCGCAGGUUGCUGAUAGACCUUCCCACAUACGGCUGGAGAGAAAGCCAGCAUGAGCUGGACUUGAACUCACAGGGACCGCAUUGGUGAGAGACUCCUGGGUCAUUGCGCUGCGCUAGCACGCUAACCAACUGAGCCACGGAGGCCCCUCAGUCUUCAUCAGGCCCUUGGCACUGAGCAAGAGAUGUGAAUCUAAUUGUGAUGUAUGGUUGUCUGUCUGAUAGAACAAGCUAACAUGCUACAUGUACCUCAUGCUUGGGACGUGCUACAUGUAAAAGUCAAUUUUCUCAGCCGCCACGUCAUAAAAUACAACACUAUUUGUUAUGUAUAACCAUUUUGUACCAUGCGCGACUUGGCUCGUAUGCGGCACCGCUUGAUAGCAUUCUUUCUAUUUUUAAACCAAUUUUAAACCAAUCAUUUGUCUGUUUGUUGCUAUGCUUGGCAGCGGCAGCCAUUUUGUAUCAACAUUUGUUGUCCGAGACAUUUGGUGUGGCGUGCAGAGGAAAUUCCCAAUGCGGCAAGGUUUUUGCAGGUGGCGUGUAAUGGAAAUUGGCGUUAGGCUAGCUUGCACCACAUGCUUGGGACUUAAGCUACCAUGCACCCCAUGCUUGGGACUUGAGCAACAUCCCAUUUGAAAUUUUCUGUCUUGUUUGUCCAAGCUUAAAUGAAAACACCUGGACUUUUUUCUCAAGUGCUCGUCAAUGAGAAUAAAUAC